AUGACGAGUUACUGGCAUGUUCAGCGUAUAGGUAACACGCGUGUGUGCCUUCAGGGCCGUCUCUGCCUGGGACCGGACUAUCUCCUCAUGGUGGCAACGGUGCUGCUGAUCGUCGUGUCGUCUUUCUUUUUUAUUAGUUGUGCAAUUGGGCUGGGUGCGCGCGUCGCCUGUGGGUGUUUUGCAGUAGUGACGCUUGGAUUCAUAUUUUGCAGCACCACGAUGGAUCCUGGCAUCUGCCCGAAAGGCCCACCCCCACUGGGGGACGCCCCGCCCCUUGAGCCUCUCGAGGAGGAUGUCUCAUACAUUGACGAAAAUGGCCAGGAGCAGCACGUCUUGGUGAAGCGCAAGUGGUGUUACGGUUGCAACAACUAUAGGCCUUUACGUGCCGUUCACUGCCGUUUUUGUGACGUUUGCAUUGCCCGUCGUGAUCACCACUGUCCGUGGGUCGGGACGUGCGUCGGCGAACGCAACUAUAGGUUCUACUUUUUCUUCUUGUGGUCGUCGCUGGGUUUAGCUCUCACUGUCCUGAUUGGUGGGAUACAGAGCCUCGUGCUGCGGGUGCUGCUGCUGUCGAGGGAUGCGGCGUAUGCAAACCGGAGCGUGUUUUUCGCUGCUUUGGUAGAGACGCACUUUGUGGAACCCCUGCUGGUGUUAGUGGCAGCCGGUACCUGCUUUCUUGUUGCCCCCUUGGCCGUUUUUCACUUGAUGCUGGCCACGCGAAACAUGACGACCAUGGAAGAGAUGCGGGGGGAGGUGGGGCAGGUGCACUACUACGACCGCGGCCGCUGUCUGGAGAACUUGAAGGCGUCCCUUUGUGCGCCAAUGCCGCUUUCAAUUCUUGUCCACCCGCCGCAGCGCUGCAUGCCAGCGACGGAGAUUGUCGUUGCAACCUCGUCGUAG